UUUAAACAGUUGUCAAAAUAGUUAGGAACCGGUAAGUCUUCACGCUAUCGUGAAUGCUUAGCAUUUUACCCCAAUCUACUGUUGUUUUGAUUCAAGUUUAAAACUUCAAAUGGUUUUGAAAUCUGAUCGUUUUCCUGCAGUAAACAAUAUGAUAUUGGUUGUUUCUUGAUCGAUCAUCACUGCUAAUUGUUUUCUUGUUCGGCCAACUUUUCUCUUGCCUUUUGUGAGUAAGAACGCUUUCAACAUGAAAAGACAAAGGCAUGCAUCAGAGCCCUCCAUCACAAUAAAUGGGACUAUCAAGGGACAGCGUAAAUAUAGCCGUAGCAAGUACUUUGAUGACAACAUGCCCCUAACUGGAAGUCCGCAGCAUCAACAUGGCUUCCAAAGCCAGACUGAUAUUGUCAAACAGUAUAAACGAGAUAGAAACAAAAGGAUCUUUGUCAACAGAAGCUUGAAUCUUAGCAAAAUAAAAUUUUUUGGCUUCGACAUGGAUUAUACUCUGGCAGCCUACAAGUCACCAGAGUUUGAAGAUAUGACAUUUUCAUUGCUUGCUAAACGACUUGUUGCAAUUGGUUAUCCUAAGGAACUUGAAGGAUUCAAAUAUGAUGCAACAUUUCCUGUCAGAGGUCUUCUCUUUGAUAUUGAACUUGGUAACUUAUUGAAGGUCGACACUUACGGAAACAUUCUCAUAUGUGUUCAUGGUUUUGAAUUUCGUACAAGUUCAUAUAUCAGAAAGUCGUACCAGAACAAAUUCGUCAAUCCCGAUUGUGAACGAUAUUGCAAACUUACUUCAGUCUAUAGUCUUCCAGAAAUUUAUCUUUUGGCUUGCCUAGUCCAUCAUUUCGACAACAGUCCCAAGUAUAAAAGAAUCAACACGGGUGUAAAAUAUGACCACAUCGUUCUAUCUUAUCAAAGUAUGCAGCAAGAUGUUCGAGCUGCUAUGGAUUAUCUUCACAAUUGUGAAGGUUUAAAAGAUGAAACACUGAAAAAUAUCGAAAAGUACCUCAUCAAAGAUCCAAGAUUGCCCAAGUUACUGCACAGGAUGAAAGAACACAAUAGGAAAACAUUUGUUCUUACAAAUAGCGAUUACAACUACACCGAGAAAAUCAUGACCUAUCUGUUUGACUUUCCACAUGGACCCGAGCCAAACACGCCUCACCGAAACUGGAAAACGUAUUUUGACUAUGUUGUGGUUGAUGCCAAAAAACCGCUGUUUUUCGGGAAAGGAACCCUGAUCAGAGAAGUUGACAAGACGACAGGAACAUUAAAGAUUGGCUCCUAUUCUGGCGAACUGAUGAAGGAACAAAUAUAUUCGGGAGGAUCAUCAGAAGUCUUCUGCCAACUGAUUGGAGCGGAUGGAAAAGAUAUUCUUUAUGUUGGCGAUCAUAUUUUCGGAGAUAUUCUUAAAUCGAAGAAAACUAGUGGCUGGAGGACUUACCUGGUUGUGCCGGAACUUUCAAAAGAGCUGGAUGUUUGGACAGAGAGACAAAAAUUGUUUUCCACCCUCAAAGAUUUAGAUGUCGAAAUGGCGGAUGCUUACCGUAAUAUGGAUGCGUACAGUACUGACGAUCCUGACGUUGAAAACAUCAAGAGAAGGAUAAAGGAAACCACUCAUCGCAUGGAAAUGUGCUACGGGAAACUGGGAAGUCUCUUUCGUAGUGGCUCUCGUCAAACUUUCUUCGCUUGUCAAGCAACUCGUUAUGCUGAUGUGUAUGCGGCAUCUCCAAUGAACAUACUCUAUUAUCCCUUUACGUACCUCUUUCGUUCACCUGCUCAACUGAUGCCUCACGAAUCAACUGUGGAACAUUUUGAUGAACCACAUGAGCACAUGGAAAGAACGAAGGUGUUGUAUCAGUGGGAAAGUUUUGUCGUUGAUGGCAACGAUGGCGAUCAAAACAACGCCAUCGACUUUGAUCUUGAUGAAGAAGACGAAGAAGAUUCAUCGGGAAGCGACGGACUUAGGCGACAAUCGUCGACGACGGAUGAAAUUUCAUCACCGUAGUUUUACGGAUUAUGGAAAAUUUCCACAUAUUUAGUAGGGCUGCACAUGUUACUAGAAAGUUCAUAGGUUUUUACAAUGGUCAAAGAGAAAAUACUAUUGCCCAUACAAAGUGAACUGCCGUGAGAAGAAAGAACUCAUAUUAUUUUUUUUGUUUUGACUGCUUUUUUGGCAUUAUUAAUUAUUCUAUGACUGCGAUCUGUAAGCCUUACAAAUCGUUCGCACAUCUACACAAUAUAGGCUCUAGAAUAACACAGUUUCUCAAAAAAUACACUUGAACUUAUAAAUGGUGGCCAAAAAUCAUAAUAGGAAAUGCUCAAGUGAUAAGUAGACACUUUGAAUGCUUAAGUACUCAAACAAGAAAAUGACUUUAUUGUCGUUUACGCUUUUUACAUUGUCUAAUCUUCCUUAGAUUUUUUCACUGUUUCACUUUAUAUUUACAGUGUUUAUAUUUACCGUGUUUAUAUUUACCGUAAAUUGUGCCAAGUUAUGCAUUUUUGCCACUUAAGUACUAAACUUUAGUUGGAAUUACACACAAAUAUCCAUUGAUAUCAAUUAUACAUCAUUGUGUUGUAUAAGAUAUCUACACCUUGUGUACGCAAGUAUCCACAGAUAUCCAUCAUGAUGAAGGAUUUGUAUGACGAAUAUAAAUGAGAUAUCUUAGAUAACCUGUGUACACAAGUUUUAUACGCAAAUCUUCAUUGAAUUUUAGCCCAAUUUCUCUUUCGUAGUUGGUCUUUUUUCGUCAGGGAUACUGCACUUUAGAAUCUAUUAGGCAUUUAUUAUUGUCUCCGACGAUUACAAGCUGUUUUGAUUUUUUGCCAAUGAAAAUCCUGAAAUUCUUAAUUUAAUUUACAGAAUGGAUUAAAUCAUAUUUAAUGUAUUUUAGAUUCAUAUUUUUAGAAUCAUUUUACGAAUAAUUAACACGUUCAUCUACCUUUAA